GGGUUCAAGAACGCUUCAUUCGUCCCUGCUGGGACCAAUGAAGCGCCAUUGUCCGCUGGUCUCGGCCUCCCUCUUCAAAAUCGCCGUUGCGACAUUACGACGUUAACGACGACGACGACGACGAGGACGGCGACGGCGGCCUUGAAGAGCAGAGACAAAAAACAUUUCACUCCAUCGUCACCGACUUCUCGGACAUCUCGCAACGUCGACGCGAUACGCUCGGCGUCGUCGCCGCAAUUGACGACGGCGAAGGCGCCCAGAUCCAAGGUGUACCGCAAGACGUCCCUCAAGAGUCCGCUCACAUGCGAGGCGAGCGCCGACGGCGACGAUAUAUCCGAGAAGAACAGCGUCUUGCGAUACAUGAGCAGCACACCGGCCGAGAAGAAGCAGAAGAGGCGAAGUGGCGGAGGUGGCGGCCCGCCGCCGGAGAAGGAGAGCGACGCGAAGAGCGACAAGUGGAAUCCCGAAGACAUUCACAUCACGUGCAAUCCGCUGUCGACGCCUUAUCCGUAUUCGACGCCGGCGACGACGACGACUACCACCACGGCGACCACCACGACUACCACGACUACGACCACGGUGGAGAGCGAUGAGGAACCGAAAAGUCGCAGCUGCGGCAGCUUCUUGCCGAUACUCGCGCUGAUCCCGCAGUCGGUCAUCAGUUUCCAGUAUCUCAGCCCGAAAAUGAAAUUCUCCUGGUGGCGGAACAAGAUCUCGUGAAGGCACGCGUAGGCGCCAUCGACGCCGCCGCCGCCGCAUCAAGUCGCGCGUCGCGACGUUACCCCGAGCUGUCAUAUAAGAUACCUCUCUUAAGUCUACGGUGUACCUUCGUUGCGUUUCUCGCGUUAGAUUGAGCGCUUGCAAAGCGCAUAACUAUUUAUUCGAUCGUUAUUUAUUACUAGAAUCUCUGGCAAUAAAUAGUAGAUUCGCGGCUGUUGUAAAACGGCGACGACAACCAAUGCAUAUUGCAGACGCGAGAAAACGCAUCGACGUGCCGUGGGUUUUACCUCGUAGCAAACUAUUUUUCUCUUUCUCUCCCCUCUCUCUCUCUUUCUCUCUCUCUCUCUCUCUCUCUCUCUCUCUCUCUGUUUUACCCCGUCCUCCACCUUUCCUCCCCUUUUAUCUCUCUGCCUGUAAAUCUCUUUCUAUCUACCUAUUUGACUCACACUUCCGAUCGGUCUUCAUCAAUUAGGGGAAUCCAUCGUUAUAUAUCUCGUAGUUAUUCGUUACAUAUUAACGUGUACGCGCGUUAAAAAAAAAAUGCAAAAGUCGAUAAACUAACGCCAGCAUUCCUCGAAAUCGCGGCGUCGUUGAAUAGUCGCGAUGAUCUGUACCGAUGUUCUACGUGCGGUGGUUAAUGCGUAGUCGGGUUCUUGAGAUUUUUCAAUCAAGUUCCAAGUCGCCAGGCAGUCUUUCUACGAAGGAGAACCACACUUGCAGACUUUUCUAACGAUCUCUUUCUAGUUGUCUCGACUCACGGGAGAAGCGUAUGAGGAUGAUCGUGUGUUUAUUACGCUGACUUUUCGCGCCGUCGGAUCCUCUAGUCGAUCGAAGUUUCUCCCUCGUUGCGAUUCUCCCUCGACGUCUUCUUAUUCCGACGCGCGCGAGGUAUCUCUUCUGCUAUUUUCCGAAUCCGCUCGGGGAGAACAUCGUGUUUUAGUUCCCGUGGUCCUGUGAUGUUUUAGGAAUUACCUACUGAAUGUUCCAUUGAUCAAGGAGAGCGUGUUUUAGAUUAUGUGAAGCGCCCAUGAAGUCCCGGUCGAUUUUUCCAAUUGAUUUUCUAUCGUUGGAUCGAAACGAAUGGAGCAAGGAUAGAGCUUCUCUCUUCCAAAUCUGGGACAAAAUGCUAGCAAUUAUUCUUAGAGAGAUUACUUAAGAAGUGGAUUGGGGCUUCUUGGGCAUCUUGUGUCAUUUAUAAUAGUCGCUUAAACGGUCCAUUAAAGUCACUGAGUUUUCGUAUUUCCGCUCGUUCUCGUUUUCACAAGUUUCAAAAAGGAUACUCGAAGACCUUAGAACUUAAGAGCGCAAAAAUUCCGUAACACCCAAGAACCUAAAGAUCGUAGAAUUUAAGGAUCCACAGUUCCUAGAAUCUAAGGAUCCACAGAUCCUAAAAACCUAUAACAAUCCAAAGACCUUAGAAUGUAAGGAUUCAGAGAUCUUAAAAUUUAAGGACUUCAACAUCGUAGAGCGUAAGGAUCCAGGCUACUAUCACAGAUAGCGCGAUCCAAUAAUCGAAGCAUUCAAAGAUUCUAGAAUAUAAGGAUCCAAAGACAUUGAAAAUCUAUGCGUCUAACGGUCAGAUAUAUGAUCCCCUGAUAAAUUUCGAGUUGAUUUCCCAUUAAUGAAAGUACGUGACAAGCGAGCAUCGUCUCUGGCUGUCCUGAUUCCCGAUACCGUCGCCGAGGAGAAGCAUUCUCGGCGAAUAACAAUACAAAUCAUCAGUCAGAAUUAUGCACGAUAUCAAAAGGACGAUGGAGAAACUGCUCUGAAGUUAUGUCAUUACCUCGCUUUGGUAAUCGAAAAGAUUAAAGAGUCGACCUUUCAACAACAGUUCGAACUUAGAUUUAAAUUUAAACUCUGUUGUACUUAAUACAAUGGGUUUUGUUUUCCAUUACUGAACUAGUGUACACUUUCGGAACUUAAAAAGAUAUACAGAUAACAUUUGGCGUAAGAAAGAUGAGAGAGAACUAGUGCAGCCAGUUCAGCGAUAGAAAACAGACCCAUUGACUACAAACACUAUCAAUGUGUUUAAUACGUUUGAACACAGAAUUUAAACCUAAGUGUAUGUUUGAGCUGCUAUUGAACAAUUGGACCUAAAAGAUUAUAUAAGUAUAUCUCGACAGUUUAUUUUACGUUGUAUAAAUCCCCGUCGAGAUAUGAAACUCAAAGUUACGAGAAAGACACAUCGGAAAGUGAGAUUUCCGCACCUAUUUUGUUAUAAUGAUGGUUAAAAAUUUUUCAUUAGGAUCGCGCGCAGAUGGACACGCGAGAUAAGAGCGAUGAUUGAUCGUGUAUCAGUCAUCUCCCAUGGAUUACGAUUGUGAUUAAACAGUUAUAUCGGCGAAACCCUCAAUAUGAUGGAAACGAAUUGAAGGCAUAUUACUGAGUGAGAUCAAUAAUUACGAUGGUACGAUUCAAUAAUUGUCGGCGCGCUCGAAUGUCGUGAAGCGACACCAAAUUUUUUUAAUGUAUUUUUUACUGUUUGGUUCCUACUUUGUUCCCUAGUUAGUAGUAACCGCUAUUAUUUAUAAUGAAGCAACUGAUAACGCACAUACACUCGCCCCCACUCGCUCAAGUAUAAUUUUUGCGAUAACUGUCGCAGUUGAGAUAAUUAAAUCGUUGAUUAGUAUCCCGAUGGAUUCACUUCUCGCUCAAUCGGCGAUCGCAAUUAGUCCUCUUCCCCCUUUUCUUCCGCCCUUUUUUUUUUUUUUUUAUUUGCCGAAGCGUUUAACGGAGUGAUACGUUUUUUAAAUGUUGCCAUAAUUAUAAAGUUAUUUAUAAUUAUGUUUGCGGAAUUAUAAAGUUAUCGUUUUGUCACAUGACGUUCCGCAGGAUCCGUUUCUUGUAUGUCUCCCGGAUUAAAAUAAAUCAUUUUCAUAAACACGCA